CGUAUUUCGACGAGACUCUGACUUCGACGUGCUAUGCAGAUCUACGAGACUCUGAUUCUGAUUCUGACUCGCUUCACUCCAUUUCGUUUCUAUUGUGGUUAAGUAGAAAAUUUGCAACGAUGAAGAAGCAGAAAGUGAUGAAAAGAAAGCUUGUUGCCGAGGCAGUACGGCCAGACACGCAACAAGCGGGGACUGCGCGAGCGAAUGUCGAAGACACGCCGGGAGCAAAAAAUUUUUACGACGACUCUGCGAAGAUGCAACCUAAGCCUCUGAUUGCAGAAGACCACGCCCUCGUACGGACGUUGAAGAAAUGUGUGACCCAGCAGGAUUGGACCGACAACUUCCAAAAGAAAAACGCAAGCAAGCUCGCAGACACGAGCGCAAGUCAGCUCAGCGACAAGUUCAACAGCGCCGAGCCCUUCCGGCACCUGGUGUUUGACGGGUUCCUGAACAAACGCUUCUGUGAAGAUUUGCGACAGGAACUGAUCACGAAUCUGGAUGUGAAACCAAAGGAGACAGACUUGUUCAAAUUCCACCAAACGGGAGAUUUGGCCAGCUUGUUUCGCGAAGCAGAAGCCGCUGCAUCGAAUGCGGCAAAAGUAUCCCAAAAGGACCUACAAGAAACGUCCGCAGACCCGCCGAGGAAGAAAGCAAAGAAGGGACGAAAGAAGGCCCAGGCCGCCGCUGUUCCUAGUCGUGUUAAUACAACCGAUGAACAAACUACAGCCGGCGCUGCGGAACAAGAGCCCGACAGUUCCCGACCAGUGCCACCCAAGCACCUUCCGAACCUGAAAGCGCUUUCUGAGCUUCUGUACUCGCAGGCCUUUCGCACACGCCUGCAAAGGAUGCUGGGUCUCAGCGAGGAGGAGGUUCUGACCGAACGCGUUGACAUGUCCGCCCAGGCGUACACACAAGGAUGCCACUUGAUGUGUCAUGACGAUGUGAUUUCGACGCGGAAGAUCACGUUUGUCCUCUACCUAGACGAGCCGGACACCCCGUGGCAGGCGGAAUUUGGCGGUGGCAUGGAGUUCUACACGGAGUCGGAUCCGAAGCCGUGUGCCGAGCUGUUCCCGGAUUUCAACACCUUUCUCUUGUUUGGAGUGGAACCGGGGAAAAGCUACCACGCGGUCCGGGAGGUCACGAGCGAGGCGAAAACCCGGCUUAGUCUGCAGGGUUGGUACCACGUGGCAGACAUCCGACACACCUACAGCUACGCUUUGCGCAACGAAAAGGCGACCUUACAGCAGUUAGUUGGCGGCGCGGACGCAGAGAAGACAGAGGCAGAGCACGCUGCGGUGGUUGCCGAAGUAGAACUGGCAACUACUGCCGCCAAGAGGCAGAAAGAAAACGCGACGACCGCUAGCGGGUUUGGCACGAGGAAGACCAGCAAUAGCAUGCUGGCGGAACAUCUAAAGAAGAAAAAAGCAGAGGAAAGGGAGGUCGCGGCAGCGCAGCAACGAAUCGAAAGUGGCGAUAGAACAAGCGAAGUUGACGAAGAGCUCCUUGAAGAGGAGGAGGAAGAAGAGCCUUCCUCGUCGUCCGAAGACAGUGUCGUGGACGAGGACGACUUCGACGAUCAACUGAUCGAAAACACCAGGAAGCAUCUCGGUAAUUUUAUUCACCCGGAGUAUUUGACGAAGAGAGGCAUGUUCCAACUGCGGCAGUACUUCAAGGAGAAUUCCGAAGUGAUGCUCACGAGCUUUUUGAAGCCCGAAAUCAGCGGAAUGUUUCUGGAUUUGAUGCGAAAGGCGGAUGAAGUGGACGGGGUGACGAAUUUCGACAAAGCCGUCUCCUACACCGCAGGGGAACAAGACGGGUGGAGCACCGUUGGGCCCAGCUUCUUGCAGCGCUACAUGCAGUACGACCAUAGAAGUGCUGCAGCUAUGAAAAAUCCAUGUGGUGACGACGCUGGUGCACUAUCGAACGAGAUGACAAGUAUGAAGUCGAUGAAAAAUAUUAAACGGAAAAAGAAAAACGCUCCAGCAAAUAGUACCGCAGCACCGCACGAUAACACCCCCCACGCUGCACUGGGUGACCAGCUGCAAACCCAGAUCAUCUCCCACUUGUUCAACCAGCCGGCUUUUCACGCUUACCUCCGCGCGAUUGUUGGGUUACCGUUGAGGACAAAGGUCGAGGACAACGACAAAUUGGCGCAGCAGGCAACACCUAAAAUUCGUAGGUUUCGUCCCGGCCUUGACUACACCAUCGCCAGUCUGCAACACUGCAUUGGAACGCACAACAUGUUGGAUGUCUGCUACAUGCUCGUGGACGAUCAGAAAAACACCUCAUUCCCCUGGGACAGCGAGGAGGUUGGCGGAUUUGAAUCGUACGUGGAAGCGGACGACGACGAAACGGACGAGAAGGCGGAGGUUUACCUCGACAACGCCGAGGACGGACCGCUGCUCAACAUUCCAGCUAGCAACAACGCCUUGUCGCUCGUGCUCCGCGAUAAGAAGACCCUGUCCUUCCUGAAAUUUCUCUCGAAGUCCGCGCCAAGCUCGCGGGUGGAUGUGAAGAUGUCACUGGCUGUUCUUGAUGACGAGAAGGAAAAAUGUUGACGCUGGUAUCUCCUGUAUCUCAAUACGCAUAUCUUCAACAUGUUGCCGACGACAAGGACAAGCUAUCACUCGUUCGCGCUUCAAAGCCUACAAAUGAAUGUAUCCUGCCAUGUUCAACCACCAUGAGCCAGGAAUCU